GGGCUCCCCGCCCCGCACCCUCCCGCGGCUGCCAGCUGGCACGGGUUCUUCCCCACGGGUGCCGGGCUCGGCUCUCCUCCCCGGCGCCGCUUCCCUCCUCCCCUCGCCGGCGGAGGAAGGAGGUGGCCGCCGGCCCUCCCCGACCGCGCAUGCGGCUGUGCCGAGCCGGGGCAGCGCCGCUGCGCUUGGGGGCUGAAGUGUGGGUGUCCCUUCCCCGGCGGGCCCCCGUCAGCGCCCCCGCAGAUGGGCUUAGGCUGGAGCAGCGCGGAGGAGCGGCAGCCCCUCCUGCCACCGCCGCCACAGCAGCAGCAGCCACGGCGGCGGCCGCAGCCGCGGGGUCCGGCAGGGGUACCGGCGGCGGUGCCGGUGCGGCGGGUGGCGCCGCUGGCAGGCCGCGUCUACGGGCGGCGGUGGCUGGUGCUGCUGCUGUUCUCGCUGCUGGGCUUCGCGCAGGGCCUGGUGUGGAACAGCUGGGGCCCCAUCCAGAACUCGGCCCGCCUGGCCUUCGGCUUUAGCGGCUGGGACAUCGCCCUGCUCGUCUUCUGGGGGCCCAUCGGGUUCGCGCCCUGCUUCUUCUUCAUGUGGCUCAUGGACAAGAAGGGUCUGAGGGUAACUGUGUUACUAACAUCAUCCCUCAUGGUAUUGGGAGCUGGCCUGAGAUGUGUUCCAGUUUCAGACCUAGAAAUUAGGAAGAAGCUGAUUCACGGAGGGCAGCUGUUGAAUGGCUUGGCGGGGCCAACUGUGAUGAACGCGGCGCCGUUUCUUUCCACAACGUGGUUUUCUCCGGAUGAACGUGCCACAGCAACUGCCAUUGCGUCGCUGCUCAAUUACCUGGGUGCCGCUGGCGCGUUUCUAGUGGGACCUCUUGUGGUGCCAUCCCCUAAUGGAACAUCUCACCUUCCACUGGCAUCGCAGAGCAACGCUGAGCACAUCAAGGACCGCAUUGAGGCUGUGCUGUAUGCAGAAUUUGGAAUGGUUUCCCUGAUAUUUUCCGCCGCUUUGGCUUACUUCCCCUCGCGCCCUCCAUUCCCUCCCAGUGUGGCUGCAGCGAGUCAACGGCUCAGUUACAGGAGAAGUUUCUGCAGACUCUUAAGCAAUUUCCGAUUCUUGAUGAUUGCUUUAGCCUAUGCUAUACCUCUGGGUGUUUUCUCUGGCUGGUCUGGUGUUCUGGAUUUGAUAUUAACGCCAGUUCACGUAAGCCAAGUAGAUGCAGGCUGGAUUGGAUUUUGGUCUAUAGUUGGAGGCUGUGUUGUUGGCAUAGCAAUGGCAAGAUUUGCAGAUUUUAUCAGGGGCAUGCUGAAGUUUAUACUGCUGCUGCUUUUAUCUGGAGCAACAUUAGCAUCAACCUGGUUCACUCUCACCUGUCUAACUAGUGUCACUCAUCUGCCUCUAACCACAGCUACACUGUACACGUCCUGCAUUUUGUUGGGUAUAUUCCUCAACAGCAGCGUACCAAUAUUCUUUGAGCUCUUUGUGGAGACAGUCUACCCUGUUCCAGAAGGAAUAACCUGUGGAGUUGUCACUUUUUUGAGUAAUGUGUUUAUGGGAGUGCUUUUGUUUUUCCUCACAUUUUACCAUACAGAGUUUUCCUGGUUCAACUGGUGCCUGCCUGGAUCAUGUCUGCUCAGCCUGCUCCUCAUCCUGUGCUUCCGUGAGUCCUACGACAGACUCUAUCUCGAUGUCGUCGUCUCUGUGUGAUAAGAGGGUUGGAAGAGACUGGAAGUUAACUUUGCAGUCUGCCCAUCUGCCUGGAUUUACAUGGUGGAACAGCAGAAAAACAGAGAAAUUACGAGACUUAAUCAUGACUUUAUUACAGAGGGUGAGGGACAGGCUGUUCCUGCAUUCAAGACCACCUUGAUUUGUGAUAAACAUGGAACUUUAGUGGUGAUAAUGAUGCCAAAAUGCACAAAAGAAUAUAUCUAAUGUAUAGGUCCUGGUGCCAGAGCUGGGGCUCUCUAUUUAAAAGGCUGUUGACGUAGCAGUGAGGUGUACAGUUUGUGUGUGUGGGUGUGCGUGUGUGUGUGCCAAGUCACAGUUACACACAUCAGGGUACCAGUAAUCUUUGGAGUCUUCUAUCAGAAUAGAAAUAAUGAAUAAUCUUAACAAAAGGGAAAAGAAAAAAGAUAAAAAGCAAAAAAAACUCACCCAGUUUUGUUUUUUUAAAAGAGCUCCCUUUUAAAUCACUAGUCGGUUAACUAAUGAAUGUUCAUUAAACAGUUAAGCCAAAAUGAUUUGGUGCUUGUACACUACAUUUAUAUUCUAAUAAAGUGAUCUCUGAUAUAAGACACUGGUACCAGGGGUUUUAGCCAUACUAAAUAUCCCAAACAAUCCUUGCAGUUGUUAGAGGUGUUUGUUAUCACCCUGGAGCACAUGUAAAUGAUAGCUUUAGCUGCCACUGAAACCCAACUUUCACUCACAGUUGCCUCUGGAAUACCACUGUGGCUGUGUAUCUCCUGAAUACAAAGCAUCUGUGGUGUCUCAGAAGUUUACUGGAGAGUCACUGUUGAUAAAGGUUAAGGUUUUAAAGGCCACCACUGUGUCACCUUUUUAUCCUGCAUCUCCAGUACUGCCUUUUUUACUGUGAAGACCUGUUUGUGCCACUGAAUACUGUGGAAGUGGAUGUCCAAGACCCAUUAGUUCUCUUCUGAUACUCUAAGGCAUGUGUGUUUUUUUAGGAUUAGUUUAUGAUUGAGGUUGCCUAAACAAUAUUGUUUGUUAACUCAGAUCUUUAAAAUCACUGUUUGCUAAAAAAAAAAAGUCUUUCUAGUUGAUGAGGUACCCUGAUGGCGGAAUGACAAUGAGAAAUAGCUCAUGAGUUUUGGCAUAAUAUAGGAAAUAUAAUGCCAGCUCUUUUUAUCAGUACUAAUCUGUGGUCAUUCUGGCCCUUACUUGAACAAAAAUAGUAAAGACACUUUGAAUAUUUUUUUAACUCAAUUUUUAAAUCUGCUAAUAAUUUCUUAAUUAUAUUCUUAGAUUUCAGUUCAGCAUCAUUUACAGUAUUUCCAUAUGUGUGUUCUGUGUUUUGUGUUAGGGGGGUGUGUUUGUGUGUGUGUGUGCGUGCAUGUGCAUUUAUGUAUGCACAAAUAAAACUUAUAUAUAUAUAUUUUAUAUAUAAGUUAUAUAAGGGUAUGUGUUUACAUAGGUUUAUUUUAAGUAAUCAUGUCUCUGGAUGGUGGUAUGCUGCAGUUUGUAACUAAACUAGUAACUGCUGUGAACGGAAAUGCAUACAUACACUGUCUGUGACACGACUUUUUUUCAGGGGGUGAAUGAUUUCCUAUCAUAGCAGUUUUAUCACGGGGUGUGUGCACGUGUUGGAGGAGGCUGGUGUGCAGGGUUCUGCUCCUGUAGAAGUCUGACUCAAACACCCUUUGCUCCUGUGUGGGCUCUUCUCUGCCACCCUGGGGUGACACCAACCCUGGAAGCUCACUCAAAUAAACCCUGAACUGAGCGCUACCUUUCAGACACAGAUCCAUUCAUUCUGUCUGCUCUGCUGUUGCAGGGAGAAUGUGCUACUAAUACCUUUAACUCAGGAGUGUAUCUGUGCAGUACAAUAAAAUGAGCUGUUCCCUC